UCAGCGUUUCACCAAGUUUCCUGAAUUUCCUCGUGCGUGUUAAAGUUAUUGUUUUCCGAUAAAUAUUCAAAACAAUUGUGUUUUCAACUGUUGACAUUAUUUCAUUUGUAGCGUAACGCACAAUAUCAUUUUACCGAUUUGGAAGGAUCCCAGAGCAGUAUCGCAAGUCUUUCAACGUGAUAAUUAGACCGUGUGAUUCUUUUCUAAGCUGGCUUCGCAAAUAGCGCGGUAUUCCGUCGAAAUUUACACGGCGUUUGAAUGUAAACACGGUCGUUUAACGAGACCUGUGGAAGAAAGUGGAUUGCAACGCGUCACAAGCCAUGUUUUAUUAGACGUCCACGGUGUUAUCUCGCCGGGUACCAUUGGGCUGAUCCGAAGGGAACAUUGCCAAAUGACAGGCGCGCUAGCAGUCAAAGCUCAUGCUGGAAGAUGAAAUACCGACAGAGAAAACCAAAGCAACGCGAGCUGCACGAUGCUUCAAGGGGCGCAAGUGACAACUGUUCCUGUGGAUUUGAUAAUCACGUGGCAUGGUGGUGGCCAUAUUGCAUCGUUGCAUUCGCGAUUAUGUCACGAUUUUGGUACGUAACGUCAAUGGAAAGCUGGUGGAUUCUUCACCCAGACGAGAUAUACCAGAUCACGGAAGUGGCGUUCUCUGAAGUGUACGGGUAUGGUUUCCGCCCGUAUGAAUACUUACCAAAACCCACUCACGUUGUGACUUCGGCCGAGAACCACACGUUUAGGACAGGAAUGUUCGGUUUGCGGUCGUUUCUUAUACCCGACAUGUUCGCAGGCGUGCUGCUGCUGGAAUCGUUGGUUGGAGGGGGCAGCAGCCCUCUUGUGAUUUGCAAGAUAUUCAACGUCAUGGUUACAUCUACACUUCCAAUGAGCGUGUUUACAUUCGUCAACAGGAUCUUCAGCUGUCGUCUGCUUGCCGUCAUUGCGUCUGCGCUGUCUGCUGUUGAGCUACAUUUGGUGGUGUUCGGUACUCAUUCUCUAGUGAACAGUUUCACGUCUACGUUUGUCUUUUUUAGUCUUGCAUACCUGGUGCACAAUGAUGUUAAAACAGAGCUUUUAUCGGAAUCUUGGAAAGGAAACGUACCAAAAGGCCAUUCACAGAUCGAAACUUCACAGGAGAGUGAAACCAGUGCGCAUGCGUUCAGUCAAGUCAGAGAAUACGUUUUCGGUACUGUGCGGCGUUUAAGCAAAGACAAAAAUAACAACAGCGACUUAAAGAAGAAGGCUUCGAUACCAGUGUCUUUUAACAGCCGAUCGGCUAAGUCUGAGACUCCCAGUAGCGUAUAUGAUCACAAACGUUCUCCUGAAAUGUUGGAAAAGGUACUGGCGGGAUUUGUUAUGGGUGCGCUGUGUUACGUUCGCGCUGAUACGUUAUUGUUCAGUUCCGUCCUGUUAUUUGUUACAUCUUUAGCAACAACAAUCAGUUUAAAGCGACUUGCUUUCAAUGCCAUGUACAGCUGCUUCGGCUUUUUGUGUUCAUGUGCUCUGUGCGCGAUGUAUGACUACCUGCGGUACGGAGCUUACGUCAUAUCGCCGCUUCAAUGGCUCCACUUCAACGUACUCUCGGGAAAAGCCAUCACACUGUUUGAUUCUCAGCUCAACACGAGCUACAUCACGGAAUUCUAUAGAGAUCCUUUGGGGGUCAUCCUGUGUGCUCUGUGUGUCCUGUACGUCGUAACGGCAUCGUUGAAGUUGCGUAUCCAACAGCCGGAUGUGAGUACAUGUAUAAAUGCACGCCUUCGACAAGAGCUGGCUGUCAGCGCGUCGUUCUUGUUAAUUCUGCUCGUCUUCUCGGUUAUCGGUCACCGAGAGAUGAGGUUUAUACACAACUGUUUUGUGCUGUACAGCAUUGUAAUCGCCUUCGUGAUACAUCGUGUUGCAGCGGAGUAUCGAACCCACCCGAAAGCUGUGCAGGCAACUAUUUUGUUUCUGUACGUCAUUCUAUCCGUGAACACGUUUGUUAAUUUCCCUUGGAUGCAAACAGAAGAACACCAGCGCUGGACCUAUGGUAUCCCAAGAGAGUCAUUUGAUCUUAAUCAAUGCAUCGACAGUAUUCGGCGUCAGGGUGACGUCACGGGUGUCGUAAUUGACGGUGAUAUCUACGAUAUAGGAGGGUUCUCUGUAUUGAAACACGAUGUUCCAUUAAUUGUUAAGACGUACCAUGAAUAUUUUGUGUAUAACAAACGGAAAACUAACGUAUUUGAAAUAAGCAGUAGUGUGCGAAUUUUAAACUUUUUUGAUGAUAUAUUUCACGAGUCGAACACGCAGUACCUCGUUGAAUCUGUUGUGUCUAAUACACAUUUUAACUAUAUUAUAUCAAAACAUAUAACAACAACGCUGUCACCGUUCUUUAAACAGAUCUCACAAUACGGCCAGUUUGGAGUGUAUAAAAGGACGUAUAAUAAAGCUCAACUCCCAACGGGGUCAUUUAAAACACGUUAAUCAACGCGACUAUUCUAGAGCACGAGGCUCACCUGCUUAUAUCACGUGGUCUGUACGCUAAAGCCGCCAGCAGGCUGGACGGUGCGCUAGAAAGAUGCGUGGGACAAUUGAAAUUGCAGGUAUAUCAACAAUUGAUUGCUGCCCACUUCAAACUAGCUCACGCUGACAUGGUUAUAAGGCUUCAGAAUUCGUGUUUUGCCGAGUUUGGAAGGGACAGGUGUGUCCGGCCGCAUCCGAGAGCGUCUAUUCACAGCGACUAUGAGCGCUUGCGAUAGAACCGAAAGUAUUACACUUGAACGAUUAUAAAUGAGCCUUGACUAAUCUGCACAGGCUAAUCUGGGACGACACUUUACGCACAUUCAUUAUGCCAAGUUUUCUCAGAACACGACUCAAAUGUUCUAGAAAAUGUAUUCAUGUCUACAUGUUGGAUAUUUUAAUAAUAGACGGUAACUAAGAAUACGAGAUUUCUUCCGUGCAUUUGUUAUAUGUAAACCUCUCAUAUCAAAAAUUUGUAACUGCUUUAAUCUCAUUGUCCAUUUUGAGUUGUUGGUGUCGACCACAUUGCUAUUGUUUACCUCACGUAACUUUUCGUACACGUGUUAUCGCUGCAAUACAAAUAUAGUGAAUGCUCAAAAUGACUUUAAUGUGUGUUUCGUUAUAUAAUAUAGUUCGGUAAUUAUGUUUAUUUACGUUGAUGUUGCUAACAUGACCCGCGUCCUGCGAGAAUUGGUCGUAUGGUUGACAUGCCAUUUCAAAGUCAUGCCAGUUUUCGUUGUCUCAUUAGCGGACCUUGAGGCUUCUGACCGCGUAGGCCGGCCAGGAACUACGCCUGUCGCAUAUGGCAUACGACUGAUUUUCGAAUGACGUCGGUCAAAUGUUCGUAUAUAUCAUAUACAUAUUAUGUAUGCUUUCUAAAAACAAUAUAAGACAAAACAAACAUCUUAAAAGCUCGAGUUUCAUUCUUUAUUCAAGAGUGUAUGCUUUUCAAUCUCCUUAACGACAGAAUAAAUAACAGUGACAUUUAA